AUGGCGGAGAAGCCGUCAACUUCCCGCGUCUGCGUCCAUUGCCAGAAGCCGACGGAAACGCUGUACAAGACCUACUCGAGCUUCAUCCGGAUGACCGAAUGCGAACUGUGCAAGCGGCCCGUGGACAGCUACGUGGAGUGCGACAACGUGCUCGUCGUCAUCGACCUGGCGCUGCAAUACCCAAGUGCCUAUCGCCAUAUUUUAUACAACAAAGGGAUUAGUCAUUUCCCCCGGCUCUUGACAAUCCUGCUCUUCUGCGGCGCCUACGAAAAGUGGAUCGAGAAUCGGACGGAUCAGCUUCAGAUUUUCGAUCUAGAGUGGAGAUUUUACCUAUGUCUGAUCGAAAGCGGGCUGGAGAUGCUGGGAUUCGUGCUCCUCGCUUUGUGCCUGGAGUACUGCAUGAACGGCUCGCUGAAACGGACCGAUUUUGUGGCCAAAUCGACAGUCGCUGGAUUUUACGGUCGCGUCUGCGUCGUUUUGUCGAUCAUUUUUCGACUGUACUCCGAGUCGUCGUAUCGCAUCCUGAUGCACCUCUUUUUGUUUCUAUCGCAUUAUCAGAUUUGUAGAGCCCUCCAUCCAACCCUCACGGCCGUCGUCCCAGCCCUCUUCGUCCUCACCACAACCCUUACAACACAUUUUUUAGCCGGAACUAUUCGAGAAUUACUCGUUCCGUUG